AUGCGCGGACCAUAUGUGGUUUUAACGGUGUUGUCGCAGGGUAGAUAUAUAUUAAAAUUGGUCGCUGGUUCCUAUGGUAAGACCACGCAAGCUGCCGUGGAAUACAUGAUGCCCUGGCGCGGGGAAUGGACCCCUGAUGUGUGUGCCGCAUUCUUUGAGAGUGGCGAUGAUGAUGACGAUAGUCCUUCCUCACAACAACCGCACGCGAUAGCAGAGUCAUCUCCUGAUCUAGUUUCAAUAGACCAGCCUUCUUGUCACCACAUGUUUUCUGUUGACGUUCUUGUGUACGUUCUCGAUAGGUGUACUUAG